UGACUUAGACGAUUCCAAAGGCGUUAAGGGCACCGACACCUGUCUCUCCGUCAAGCGCGGUGUUUAUGUGGUUCAGUUAGAAAGCAUGUCCAUCACCGACGCCUAAAGUUUCUCAUCUCAUCGCCCGUGCCGACUGUCUCCGUUGGCGAGGAGAGUACUAGAGGAAGCAGAUUUGCUUCAGCCCUGAUCUCCUUGGUUUCGAUUUAUCAUGGCGCACGAGGAUCUUCCGAUUCCGAUCUACUCGUCCUUGGAGCCCGUCUACGGCGAGGGGUCGCUGCUCGAGGAGGCGCAGUUCCGAUUCAAAGCCGUAAAGGCCAAGUUCGUCGAGCUCUUCGGCCAAGAGCCACAAGUCUACGCUCGGUCGCCAGGUAGGGUUAAUCUAAUCGGUGAGCACAUUGAUUACGAGGGGUAUUCGGUGCUUCCGAUGGCUAUCCGUCAGGAUACAAUCAUCGGCAUUAGGAAGCGUGAUGCGGGAGAGUCGAGCAAAGAGGUUCGGAUCGGGAAUGUGAAUCCUAAAUAUCCCGUGUGCACCUACCCUGCUGAUUCCGACCAGGAACUUGAUUUGAAGAAUCAUAAAUGGGGCCAUUAUUUUAUAUGUGGAUACAAAGGCAUAUAUGUGUUUGCUAAAUCGAAAGGAGCAGAUGUUGGUCUACCUGUUGGUCUUGAUGUAGUUGUUAGCGGGACUGUGCCAACAGGUUCAGGUCUUUCAAGCUCUGCAGCAUUAGUCUGUUCAGCAACAAUUGCUAUAAUGGCUAUUCUUGAUAAGAAUUUUCCAAAGAAAGAGAUUGCUCAACUUACAUGUGAAUGUGAGCAUUACAUUGGAACACAAUCUGGAGGUAUGGAUCAGGCAAUAUCUAUCAUGGCUAAAACUGGAUAUGCUGAGCUGAUAGAUUUUAAUCCUAUACGAGCUACUGAUGUACAACUACCAGCUGGUGGAACUUUUGUAAUUGCACAUUCUCUUGCAGAAUCGCAAAAAGCUGUGACUGCUGCAACAAACUAUAAUAAUCGUGUAGUAGAAUGCCGCUUGGCAGCAAUUGUCCUUGCCAUAAAGUUAGGGAUGAGUGCAAAUGAUGCCAUCUCCAAAGUCAAAACACUGUCUGAUGUGGAGGGAUUAUGUGCAUCCUUUGCUGGUGAUCAUGGAUCUUCAGACCCUGGUUUUGCUGUUAAGACACUCUUGAAGGAGGAGCCUUAUACUGCAGAAGAUAUUGAAAAGAUUGCAGGCGCUAGUCUUACAUCCAUUUUUGUGAAUUCACCAUCUUCAUUGGAUGUCCUGAACGCUGCUAAACAUUUCAAAAUUUUUCAGCGUGCCUUACAUGUUUACUCUGAAGCAAAGCGUGUCCAUUCUUUUAGGGAUACUGUCUUAUCUAAGCUCAGCGAUGAAGACAAGCUUAAGAAUUUGGGUGAAUUAAUGAAUGACAGCCACUAUAGCUGCAGUGUACUAUACGAGUGCAGCUGUCCGGAGUUGGAAGAGCUUGUAAAGAUUUGUCGAGAAAAUGGAGCACUCGGUGCAAGGCUCACAGGUGCUGGAUGGGGAGGCUGUGCAGUUGCUUUGGUGAAAGAAAGUAUUGUUCCUCAAUUCAUUCAAAACCUGAAGGGAUCAUUUUACAAGGCGAGGGUUGAGAAAGGAAUCAUAAGCAAGGAUGAUGUCGACCUUUAUGUGUUUGCAUCAAAGCCAUCAAGCGGUGCAGCUAUUUUCAAGUUCUAGGUUUUCUUCAGUUCUACUUUGCCAAGUAACUUAAGCUCCCUCCCUGCCCUUGCUAAAAUCCAAUUAUCAUUCGUUUUACAGAAUCAUGUUUUCCAUCGUUUGCAAAUUGUAAUAACUGGAAUUCCUGCAAGAAAUUCCAAGCUCCUGUUGGCCGAAAGACAUCCCUAAAAUGUAAUAAUGACUAAAUUUCAUCAAGUUUCGGUCCCCUAACCAACCUCUCAUUCA